GUGCGGCGGCCGGGAUGGCGGUGUCAAGUGGGGCAAGCGCUGGUGGAGGUGGCAGAGAGCAAGGUGGCAGCCGGGAGCCCAGGAAAAGUCCGAGGCGCUGGAGCCCUGCGUCGAGGCGUGACGGUCAUCCUGAAAGGCCGGCCCCAGUUUUCAUUCUUUUAUCCUGUAAGCUGUCACCAUGACCCUGACAAAAGGUUCCUUCACCUACUCCAGUGGGGAGGAGUAUCGUGGCGAGUGGAAGGAGGGCCGCAGGCAUGGUUUUGGUCAACUGAUGUUUGCAGAUGGUGGCACCUACCUGGGUCAUUUUGAGAAUGGGCUCUUUAAUGGCUUUGGGGUAUUGACCUUCUCAGAUGGUUCAAGGUAUGAGGGGGAGUUUGCCCAGGGCAAGUUUAAUGGCGUCGGAGUCUUCAUUCGACAUGACAACAUGACCUUUGAGGGGGAAUUUAAAAAUGGCAGAGUAGAUGGUUUUGGCCUGCUGACUUUCCCUGAUGGUUCUCAUGGAAUCCCCCGCAAUGAAGGUCUCUUUGAGAACAACAAGCUGCUGCGGCGUGAGAAGUGUUCCGCAGUCAUUCAGCGGGCCCAGAGCGCCUCCAAGUCAGCCAGAAAUCUCACCGCCUGACAGCGCCAUGGGUCUCAGCUGACAAGUAUUGGGAAAAGCCAGUGCCCCCGUUGUUGACUCGAGGUGAGCGAAUGAACCAGAGCUGAGAUAAGUUGACAAUGACAGUGGAGCAAGGGACUUAUAUGUGCCCUGUCACCUGCCAAUCCAGAACUGGACCACAGAAAAGUGCUGAGGAUGCUGGCCAGCAGAGCCUGCAGCAGUCGUUGGCGGUGCUGUCUUUCCCUGACCCUUGUGUGCUGGAAGACAGAGGAACUGCCUCUUCUCACUGGUUAAUACUCUGUUCCUAAGACCUCAGGUUACCCAAUGCAGCCUGCUGUGACCCUUCUGCUUCAUUUUCUGCCAAGUGAUACAGAAUCUCUUUGUUCUGCUGCUUUUGGGGCAGGUGAUCCUAGCCCUAGCUUAGGGCCAGUGCUCUGUGCUACCCUGGAGAAAUAGGAAAAAGAUAGGGGUGGCUCAGUACAGCAGCCCUGUGAAAGUCAAGGCCAGACCUUUUCUUUUUGUUAUUAUAAAAAAUUGAGCUAGGGUCUUGCUAUGCUGCUCAAGCUCAUCUCCAACUCCUGGGCUCAAGUGAUCCUCCUGCCUGCCUGGGACUGCCAAAGUGCUGGAAUUGCAGGCAUGAGCCACCAAGCAGAGCUUUUCUGUAUGCUACUCCUUAUGCUGGUUGGAAUCAUGGCUCCAGGCUUCCACUUUGUCUGAUCGGACUGAUAGUCAUUUCUGCCUAUGCCCCUGUGAAGGAUUCGGUAAGAGUGCUAUUUCCUUCUUCCUUUAGAAGACAGGCUGUCUUCCUUCACCAAGUUACAGCAGAUAAUCCCUAUGUGUGCCUCUCUCCUUCCUUAGAUGGGGAACAGUACACCUUUUUGGGACAGUCAAGAAAGAAACUCAUGUAAACAAUAAUCUUAUUACUUGUAUUUGUGACUAACUCCAGGGAAAAGGAUAGAAUAUUUAGGCCGCUUCAGGCCCUACCACGGAGUGAACUGAAUUUGUAGGGAGCGCUUGGGCUGACACAGUUUCUUCCAGUGGACCGAUAAAUCAGACUCACCUGAACCCCUGGGAUUUUGGUAGAAUUUGGACCUACUCUAGGACUGUGGGGAACUAAAGGAGCAUUUGGCUCACUGUAGCUCUUCUAUCAUGAGCCUUGACCAUCAGGUGGCAAUCAGACCUUACUGAUGGGAUCUCUGCAGAGUUUAUCAUGGAGGCCCCCCCCUUACCCCUGUACACAAAUACGUCCCCCACCUCUAGCCCCCUAGCCUCACACUGAAUGUCUCCUCAACAGCAGAUUGUGGUGGAAGUUAUAGCCGUGUGCCUCUAUUUAUUCUCUGAGUUGUACUGUAGAAACAGGUGUUUAUAAAGAAUAAAGAAAUCACCAGAACUGCC